AUGGACUCGAACCAGAGCACGCUUGACGAGGUAGCCGUCGCGGACCCCGAGUCCUCCUCAGACGAGACAAUCGUCCCCGCCGACACUGAUGACAUUGUCCAACAGACCCAUCUUCCAACUUCGCCUGCCGGGUCUACCUUGACCGGCUUUUCCUCUCUCACGGGUAGGACUCACGCAUCUAGCGGCUCCAGCGGCAGCGGCUCAACCAUUACCCAGGCGUCGUGGCCGAGGCGACGAGGAAGCGACAGGUCGAGGGCUCAAGACAAGUCCUACCACUACUCCAAAGGACGCAAGCAGAGUCGUUCGCCCAAGGCGCAGCCGCUAUCCAGCGUCCUCAACUACCUGGAGCCAGACUCCCCCGGCGUGACCCCAGAGGCCAUCCAGCGCUCCGUCGAGCAGUCAUCGUACUGGAGGAUGCCCGACGCCUCGAGCUUCCAGUCGCCGUCGACAAGGAGCACCAGCUCAACCGCCUCGAGCAGCUUCCAGUCCGAUGUCUUUUCCGAAAUGACUGGCGACCAUGAGACCGACCGGAGCAGCAGCCCGGACCAGAGCGCCUACGGCGACUCGCCGUCGAUGCCCGGCAAGUUCGAGGUGCAAAUGCCCACCGCCCAGCAUCAGCAAGAUUAUCGCAGCUACGGCACCCCCGAGAUGCCGCGGGGCACCGCCAACUUCCCUCAUCUCCCCCCGAACGCCCUCCAGCCGCGCCUCCCCGCCGUUCACCACGGCCAUCCCAAGCACCUCCCGAGGGCUGAGAAGCUGCCGCUGACGGGCUACCAGCUGGUCGCCUCCAAGCUGUGCGCCGCCGACUCGGACAGGUCCAGCAUCAAGCCCAUCUACCGCCGCUUCGAGGCUCUCAACCACCGUCUACUCCUGCACCUUCAAGACGAGCUCGCGGAGCUGGAAGAGCAGCUCCAUCGCCUUGACACGGCCGACACGCAGACGCGACGCAUGCAGAACUGCAUCUUGCCCGCCUCCCGGAGACAAGACGCCCUCACAGCCGGCGAACUGCAAUGGCACAAGACAGACGUGCUGGGCAAGAUUGGCUACAAGCUCAGCCAGUAUAACCACGUCCUCUCGUCCUUCAAGGACACCCAGCACCUCCCUUCGCCCGAUCCCCAAGACGUCGACUUCUACCGCGCCUACCUCGCCAACCACAACCCCAUCGUCGAGAUCGAGGCCCGUUUCCUCGAGCCCACCGACGACCUCGUCUCCCUCGCCCGCCCGUCGUCCUCCGGUUCCUCCCGCGAGCCCGGCGCCUCCAGCGACGACCUCAAGACCCCGCAGCCUCGCGCGGCGCGGCUGCCCCCGGCGGACCUGGGGGGCCGCAACAAGGCCGAGCGCGUGCGCCGCCUGCUGGUCGCCGCCCUCACCGGGUUCCUCCCCACCGUCGCGCUCGCCUUCGCGGCCGCCUUCCUGCUUCCCAUCCUCGCCUUCGCCGUGAUCCCCGGCUUCGUCGGCCGCAUGGCCGUUGUCCUUCUCGUCGCCGUCGGCGUCGCCGCCGCCGUCGUGCAGGCCGGGCUCUUCAGCGGCGGCGCCGAGCGGCCUGCCAAGGUCGCCGCCACCGAGGGGCUCCUGGCAUCGGGGGUCUAUGUCGGCGUCAUGGCCGUCGUUGCCGGGAUAUUCGGGUAA